AUGUAUUCAGAACCGCUAUCUGAGCCUGGACUGGUCGGCGCGCCAGUAUCCAAAGAGAAGCAGGCCGUUUCGGAUCUGCUAUUACUCGUAUUCAUUCACGGCUUCAAGGGGGACGACGAGACAUUCCUGCAAUUUCCUCAACGGAUUCAACACGUCCUCUCCGGCACCAUUCCAGAUUGUACUGUGGAAUCUAUAGUAUUUCCUGCAUAUGAGACGAAAGGGGAACUAAAUGAAGCGGUCGUACGGUUUGCUGAUUGGUUGACAACACUGACGGUGGAGAAGGAGGUAGCCUCAGGAGGGGGAGCCGGGAAAGCGAAGAUCGUGUUGUGUGGGCACAGCAUGGGUGGCAUCCUUGCUGCCGAUACCCUACGCGAAUUUGUCAAUACCAAGCCCGACCAAAGGGCACCUCUUUGGCCAAAAAUCAUCGCCUGCAUCGCCUAUGACACUCCAUAUCUCGGUCUACAUCCCUACGUAUUCAAAAACAGCGCGACGAAAGCGACGGAGUACGUCAGUACUGCCCGGACGGUUGGUUCCACUUUGCUAGGUUCUUUCGCAGGGUUCGGAUUAAAAAAGGCCGUCGAUUCAAAGCCAGCUGCAGAGAGUACGCCACCCCCUCCUGAGUCAAAAACUUCUUGGAGUAAAUGGGCACCAGCUGCAUAUGCCGUGGGUGGUGCACUCUUGGCCGGAGCGGCAGCAGGCGGGGCCUAUUACAAGCGCGAUGAUCUAGGCGUAGGAUAUACAUGGGCCACGGAUCAUAUGAAGUACGUGAGGAAUCUAUGGGAUGAAGCGGCCCUCCGCCAGCGAGUGGACGACCUGGUUGAUAUUGAAGAGCAAGAGGGUGUCGUUUUCCGAGUUUUCUAUACCAAUCUACCUCCGGUUCCACUGGUUCAUCCCAAUGACCGAACAUUUAUCGUGCUGCCGAAGAGAAAUGCACGUUCUGCGGGUAAUUUCCUGCUGGCGAAUAACGGUAUCGCUCCCGAUGAGCUGCAGGCGCAUACAGGGAUGUUCAGUGCGAAAACCAAUGACGGUUACUAUGAACUCGGGCUGCAGACUGCGAAAAGUAUCCGAGAAGCAGUUAUGUUGGGUAGGGGGAUAUUUGAGGAUCCAGAGACGCAAAAAGAGAGUAUCCAGGAGGGAUUGGACGUGGAGGAUUCUAAGAAGACACGAUCAUGA